AAGAUGGCGGCCGUAUGAGAUGUCACUUUACGUAGGCUUAAAGCUCGCACCGGAUAUCUAGUGUUUACAUAUGUCUAUGAUGAAGAGGUGGUGGAAAAGGACGACGACAACAGCGGAAGUAUUCGGGGAGAUUGUCCUUAACGACGAUUAAACAAAGCAUGGAGGUCGCGGUUGCUAUGAUUUGGUUUGCCUUCUGCUGCGUGUACAUGGUUUUAUUCUCUGCAGUGGUAGCCUCAAAGGAGAACUUCACGGGUUACGACGUGAAUUUGACAGCAAUUACUAACCGGAAUUUGUCACACGACGAGUCUCUGGAUAAUUCAGCGUUUGCUUUGCCUCAGACCACUGACGUCGACUCUUUCACUUCAAACUCAAGUUAUAAAGCUACCGAAGUACCGAAUCGACAACUAUUUAAUAUUGAGGUCCUCCAGCCUGUCUCCGGCCAUCUACUGACUCCCACGAUUGACGUUGGCAAUGUGUGUUCCUGUGACGAGCUCGAGGAUCUCUGUGACAUCAACUGCUGCUGCGACAAAGAAUGUAGUCAGGAACUGGCUUUAUUUACUGGCUGCACAAUGCUCACCCUCAGUGGCAACAACCAGUUCUGCAGCCAUGCGACAGCAUCAUAUGCUUUGCAGUAUACUGUAGAGGGGUACUCACAGUUGCAGUCCUUUGUCCAGCAAGAGAUGUACCAUGAUAGUUUCUGCAUUCAGUCACAUAAUCGUCUUGCUGGAUUUCAUUUUCCUGCCCCCACUCUUCCACUGGCCAGGAAUUUUGACUCGCUUUUCACCCAAUUUAAUAAGUUUGCUUUCAGCUCACUGGAGAAUAAUGACAUGUCUACAAAUAUUCUUGCUGAGCUUCAGAAAUUUUAUCAGUAUGGAGAUGCAAUCAUGUCUGCUAAAGAAAAUGGAAAAAGCGGAUUUUUAUACCUGCCGUCUUCUAGUAUUUCUGUUGACUGUGUUGACCAGAGUCCUGUUGCCUUCCUAGUGGACAGGCAAAGUCGAUGUUCUCGUCGUGUGGAUCUGAAAGAGGACUGCAGCUCUCGACCAAGCAUAAGCAUUGAUACCUACACAAAUAUCAACCUCUAUGCAGGAAGGAAUGGAGGUGCCACUGUUGUUCCCGUGGAGAUGGCUUCACUUGUUUUGCAGUCUUUGGAUGGCACUCAAAAUGAAGUCAUUAUCAAUGAAGAGGAAAACAUGCAGCCCUCUCUCAUUAAUCAAAAAGUCUGCAUAAAUGUUGUGUUGAAGGUUGCAUAUUUUGUGAAGUACAACAAGGCAGGCCAAAUAGUCAAUACUACAGUGCAUCUGUUGCUUGGGAAUUUUCAUAUAACACCAUUUAGCCUGGAGCAGGAAUUCUCUGUCAAAUUCAUUCAGGAGAUUAAGAAUGCGCCAUUCCAGAACAGUGGAAAUCCAGGUCAUAUCGUCGGGCUUCCUAUUUUGUCCGGGCAAGAAAUUGCUGAAUAUCCUUUAUUUACGAAUGGAAUGGUGUUAAACGUCAACCCUGAAGACACACUGUCUCUUCUCCAGAGUUCUGCAAAUCAUGACUGUAUGAACAGUGUUCAUAAUCGUUCUCCUGUGUUGUUUGGUGUGGACUCAAUAUCUGGGUGCACAUUAAGACUGGAAGAUGUAGCCAACUGCUCUCUUGUUUCCCACAUCAUUCUUGAUGUUCUGCGAGGACAAACCAGCCGGCAAUAUGUUGCUACUUUUGGAAACUCUGAAUUACAAAAUCCCCUUGACUGGGUGCCCAUCAAGCACAACUAUAAUGACAGGGAUUCACAGAUUUGCAGUAUCCCGUUAUCACUUCAUUUACAGAUUGAAUGGACCAAAUAUGGAUUCUUGUGGAAUCCCCAAACUCAGAUUGUGAGUGUCGAGGAAAUUAUCCAAACCAAUGCCACCAUCUUGGCUAGUUUUAUCAGAGGCAGUGAUGCACUCUCAAUUCAAAGUUUGGUAAGCUUCAAAGAAAUUUCUGCUGCUGCCCUUUCUGGAUACAGAGCUACACCGACUAUCAAUGCCAAGCUGCCUAUUGACUUCUUUUUUCCAUUUGUUUGAUUCAGCAACUAACAGACUGUGAACGUCCACUUACCAAAAUUGUAAUUAUGAUUACACAGAGAGCAAAGAAUUGAUUAGAUGAAGCAAUAAGGUGUUUAAGUAGUAAAGUAAAAUAUUCGGAUUAUUGAAAUCAUGAACUGAGAUUAAAUUUUGAAAUAAUACAUGGAUUUAUGCAAAAAAAAAUGUUGCAUGAUAUGAACUCAUUUAAAUUCCUUAUCAAUCAGAAGUCUAUGCCAUGCCUCUUGAGAAGUGUCUGAAGCUUUUCGUUGUCUUGUUGCUAGGACAGAUGAAACAGCAAAGUUAAUUUCAUGUUUUUAGUCAUCAGGUACCAAUCAAUUCAUGUACCAAUUUAUAUCUAUAAAUGACUUAAUUAUGACAUGCGCUGGAUGUAUCUUUUUUUAAAUUAAUUUUAUUUUUGCUAAUAACCACAGACUGUAUUGUUAGACUGUAUCCUGCAGGCAACCAGCAACUACACUGCUUAAGUUAACAUUGUUGCAUUUAACCGACAUGGACAUAGAGUAGAAACCCAAAAGUUGACCCCCUCAGUACUCGACAUUUACGAUUUAGGACGCAAAACGUCGGAAAAUCUAUGACUCGGUUCUUGGACUAAGCCUGGGAAACCGAUGUUAGUUGGAGUUGUUUUUUAGCAGGUUUUAAACCAGUGGGACACCCGACCAUAAUAAAAUUUUACAGACACCAUUACUUUGUUGUCUGUUGUUUUGAAAGUGUAAAUGAUGGAAAUAAGUACGAUAAAAACAAAAUAAUGGCAUCUGCAAAAGUUUGGACACCCUGCAGACCAGGGCUGUGGACUCGGUCGGAUUUUUGCACCGAGUCCGAGUCCGAGUCCGACCUCUUGGCCAUGAGUCCUAGUCCGGCUGUCCAUUUUUUCUGUUAAUUCAUGUGACUGCUUAGUCUUUAUUCAAGGCUAAUUUAGAUCAAAAUCUAAAUAAUUACAACAGUUUUGUGAUGGCUUUGUCUUUAUUAAACAUAUAAACGAAUACAAUAAACAGAUACUUUCAAGUUUUAAUCAUUAAUUACACCAUUAUAGCUCAGACAUUUAUCUAAACACAAAUAAUUAAUGACGACCCCUUAUUUGGAAAGCGAAAAACCCAUGUCGUACGGCGUCAGCACUAUGUUGUUUUCAAUAAAAACAUGAAGAACUCACGUUUGCGUAAGACAAUUUUAAUAUUUUAAAGGAUUUUUCUCAUUUGAUGCCAUCCGCGUUCUGCCAUUGAAGCGGGGUGCAUUCAAAGUAGGGAUGGGCGGAUCGAUACCAAAAUAUCGAUAUAUCGAACCAAGCUGCUCAUUUUUGAGUAUCGAUCUCCCUAGCUAAAAUAUCGAUACUUACAAUUAUUUAAUUAUAUUUUUCCUCAUUUUUUUCUGCUCCAAUUUGACGACUUGCACUCAUGCUAGCACUACUUUUCCUUCUGCCUGCUGCACCGGCGUGUCCUGCUCUGCUCUGCUCCCGCCCCCUUUUCUCACAAGCCAAGCCCUCCUCCUCCGCCCCCCGUUCCAAUCCAAACAAACACAAACAAGCAUGGCCACGGCGGCGGCCCAGUCCGAACGCAAGAGAAGUCUGGUUUGGGGAUAUUAUAUUUUACUUAAUAACAACGAGGCAAAAUGUGAAAUAUGUCACAAAACAAUUAAAUAUUGUGGCAACACCACAAACUUGACAAAACAUUUACCGUUUUUUUCCGUGUAUAGUGCGCAAUAUUUUACUAAUUUAUUGUCCUAAAAUCUGGGGUGCGUAUUAUACAUGGGUACAAAGAAAAAAAAAUUUAAUUUUUUUUUUUUAAAUUUUUUUUUUUUUUUUUUUUUUUAAAUAAAGUCAUGGUACAACAAAACCAACAACAGGACUGACCGACAAAGUCGUGGAACAAAAAGACAGGGUGACAUUACCAAAGACAGGAACAGAAUGACAGUAACACAUGCAAUGAUCCAACGGUGAGCGAGGGGCAGACAGGACUUAAAUACAAAACACGUUACAUCGAUUGAGGUGACACAGGAAGAGCGGGGUGACACGAACAGAAACUAUGGCAACCUAGACACAUAGCAAAACUGGGGACGAGACAUGACAAAUCUCCCCCGAAAUAAAACUCACCUUUCUUCUUGUUUGUUGUCAAUCGCGCAUCGCAUUCAGCCAUCCUGCCCAACACACUUAGUAAAAUUCAUAAUUGACGACACAUCGUUCGAUGCGAUGGUGCAAUCCUCGAUGGUGUGUUAUUGUCAAAUAUUGUUUGUUUUUUAAUCUCCAUCGCGGACCGGACGUCAUACGGAGGCCGCCAUUACAGAUGCGCAGAACGGUUGCGCAAGACACGUCAGCUAUAUAAAGAGCGAGAGUUCAGUUCUCCACCUAUUAGUUUCAAUUCACAGUUUAAUUAGCAGUUUCAAUCAGCAAAUAACAAAAUGCGUAUUACAGGUAAUAUUUUAUUUCACAACACUUUGCCUUGUUCCUUUCGUCUCUGCUGUUCAUUUCAAACACGCUCCAUACGACCGCAAUGCUCUUGUAUCAGACGCUCGCUCGAUCACCUGCUAGUUUGCCGUCUGUCACAAUGUACCCUACACAAAUCCGAAACAUUUGUUGCGGCUCCGAGUCACGACGAGGGGCAAGUUUUGGUUUCCAAGGUUGUUUUUAUUCCUCUUCAACGUCUCUCCCAUACAGAGCCGCCUCUUUCCCCUGCGCAGGGAGCGCGGUGGUGCGUUUAGGGGCAGUCGGAGAAAUCAACGCCAACAAAAAAAAUUACAUCCAGCCUAGUUAAGACCAUACCAAAGACUUUAAAAAUGGGACCCAUUGCCUCCCUGCGUGUGUGACGAUCUUUGGGACUUAAAAAAAAAAAAAAAAAAAUUAAAAAAAAAAAUUAAAAAAAUUCAUAAAAAUUGGGUGCGUAUUAUACAUGGGUACAAGCUUUUUUCCAGCAUCAGCAUGCCAUUGUUAGGGGUGCGUACUAUACAUGGGGGCGCACUAUACACGGAAAAAAACGGUAAGCAAAAUUCACCCCACGGUUCAUGAAGAGCUGCAGUUAAAACGUGCCGCAGACACUAAGGCAGCGACGGAAAACCCUGCAGCCACACCGAGGCUAAGGUACCAAAGUACCUUAGAAGCAGCGUUUCAGAAAGGCAAGACAUAUCCAGGUAUCAGGUGCUAACCAAAAAUCGUAAGCAUUUGUGGUUGAUGUGCUAUUUGAAGCAAUAAUUACUACGCUUUAGUCAGUCAUUUAUAAAUAAAGUUUUCCCCUUUUCAAUUUGUGGUUGAACGCCAUACGUUUUAUUUGUAACUCCACUUCCUAUAAACAACACUAAAGUAUUACAAUAUUAAAUGUAAGUAUCCAGUGGCUUUACAAAUUGAUAGUUUUGCUGCUCAUGACGAUUAAGCCCUGCAUCUCUGUUGGUACCAUGUCUCUUUUUAGAUUAUACUAAAAGACAAAACUUUUUCCCAACAACAGAGAGAGACAGAGAAAAGUAAAGAAUAGCUCCUUUUUAUUAAAGUUAUACUAUUAAUAUGCAUCUUCCACUAAUGCACUAAUGUCUAAAAAGGUUAAUAAUUCAUGUACAUGACGUAAUACUUUUUUCUACAAAAUUCAAUAGAUGACUCUCCAAGAGCAAGAAUGCCACUCCCUUUAAAAAAAAUUUUGGGCAGGAAAUUACACUUCCGGUAUCGAUAUCGGAUCGAAUAUCGGGUAUUUUGGGUAGGAAAUACUUGGUAUCGGAUCGAUUCCAAAAUCAUUGGUAUCGCCCAUCCCUAAUUCAAAGACCAGUCGUACAGACAGAACACUCAUUCACUUCACCAAAACGCAACACUUUAAUUACGUGAGUUCUUUGCAUAAACCUCGAUGCAAAGAAACUCCUCUUUUUGGGUACAGGCUACAAGGAGUAUAUAUUACAAAGGAAACUUUAUACUUAAUUGUGAUCAUCAUUCAUCCAUCCAUCCAUUUUAUUUUAUUACUCAGGUAUUUUCAAAGCAAAUUAAUAUUGUUGCAUUUAUUAAUUUGCUUUAACAUGACAGCGCAAUAUAAUUAAAAGCUGACACGAUAGCAAUGUCAAACGUGUUAAUUUAAGAAAAAGCCAUACACGUUUUGUGAUCAAAUCUUUCAUAACGAGAAUGAUUUGAGUGAAUUGAUUUUACAAUUUUUAUCCCCCCUCCCCACCAUCUGUCACUUUGCUUGGGACAAAAGGAGCCUUCAGAACUGAAAUUUCUUCUCAAUUAUUCAUUCAAAUCAAUUCACUCAAAUCAUUCUCGUUAUGAAAGAUUUGAUCACAAAACGUUUCCGUCUGUUCAACUGGUCUUUGAAUGCACCCCGCUUCAAUGGCAGAACGCGGAUGAAUUUAAAGACAUCAACUGAGAAUAAUCCUUUAUAAAAAUUUAAAUUGACUGACGCAAACGUGAGUUCUUCAUGUUUUUAUUGAAAACAACAUAGUGCUGACGCCGUACGACAUCGGUUUUUCGCUAUAAUUCGAGGUAGUCCACCCUUACCCAAAGUUAAGGUUUCAUGGGAAUAUUAUUGUCAUAAUUGUCUGGACCAUAUAUGAUAAUUGUUUAAUGGUAGUUAUUGAUAGACCUUGAAGAUGUCAAGUUAUAGGUGCAUAAGACUAUGUUGGUCGCAUUCAUGCAUAUAGCACGUUCAUUGUAAGAGAUGUUGUGUAUUUUGGGCUAACUCAAAUUCCGUAGUAGAAAAACCCCGGAAGUGGGAUGGGCGCAUUCUGUGUUGUUGUGGUACGCCCUGUGAACGCACUGUGAGUAAGGAAUAAAGCAGUUAUCAUUCA